GUUUAUGAAUAUUAUAGAAGAAUUGAAAUUUCCUGAUUUUACAAUUUACUUUGCCCAAAUUGGUUUUCCAGCGACAAUAAUGCGUUAAUAUCCAAUAAUAUAAAGAAUAUACACGACGGUUUAUAGGUGUUUGAAAUGGCAUUUCACGCUCGUGCUGUAAGAUUCAGUUUACAGAGGAUUUGCUUGGCACCUGUGUCGUUUCGACUCAACACACACGCCACAUGUCGUUUGGAUUUGAAAUAUGGUUUGUUAGAAUCUAACGAUGUCUCUAAAUGUAUCUCAAACAUACGAUGCUUUAGCUCUAAAAAUGAAAAAGUUAUCGAUCUUAGUUACACAGACAUUGAUCCAGUGUAUAUACCUGUUAAAAAAGAAAUAGUUGAUGAACAAGAUUUAUAUGAAGAAGAUCAACAUUCAAUUAAUUCUGAAAUUGUUAUUAAAUGUAAAAGAAAAAAUUUAAAUCAUGAGAGGAAUCAAAAAUAUGAUAAAUUCAAAGAAAUUCCUCUGGCAUCAAAAGGAUGGAGAAACAAGAAGGCUAAAGAUGAUUAUUUUACUAUUCAUAUUUAUAAUGAUGAUUAUUUACCGCAAAGUAGAAAGAAUUUAUAUGAAUUUAAUAAUACUGGACUAUCACAAUCUAUUCUUCGUGUUUUAAAACAACAUGGAAUCACCAUUCCUUCACAAAUUCAAGCACUUGGAAUUCCAUCAAUACUGAAAGGAAAAAACACCUUACUUGCAGCUGAAACAGGUUGUGGUAAGACAUUGGCAUACUUGACACCAAUAAUUCAACAAAUAUUAGCUUAUAAAGAAAAAGUAAAAUUUAAUAAUCAGUUCAACAGCCCUUUAGCCUUAGUUAUUGUACCUGGCAGAGAAUUAGCUGAUCAAAUCGGAGAGAUUGCUAAUUGGUUUACUGAAGAUUUACCAUUGAAUGUAAAGGUAAUUACUGGAGGGCACACAAAAAGGCUGAUAGUUAAUCCAGUUUUCGAGGAAAAUGAUAUUGUUAUUGCUACAUUAGGAGCACUAAGCAAAUUAACUAACACUGGCAUAUACUCAAUGCGUUAUGUUCGCCAUGUUGUACUUGAUGAAGCAGACACUCUAAUGGAUGAUAGUUUCAAUGAAUUAAUGACUCGUUUCUUAUCUAGAUUCCAAUUUAAAGGUCAUAAUGAAAAUUCUAAUUUGACUCAAUUGUUAUUGGUUAGUGCCACAAUGCCAACAAGCCUAUCCGAUAUAUUGGGUGAUAUAAUUGAUAUGGACUGUUUGAACAAGAUCAAAACAGAUAAAUUACAUGCAAUUCUUCCUCAUGUUCAACAAAAAUUUAUUAAAAUCAAUCUAGGUGAAAAACCAUCAAAUUUAUUGUUACACGCAAAAAAACUUGCUAAAAGCAAUACUCCAACAAUAAUAUUUUGUAAUAAAUCGAGUACCUGUGAUUGGGCUACUAUGUUUUUAAAUGAAAAUGGCAUCGAGGCAGUAAAUUUGCAUGGUGAUAUGCCAUAUGAAAUUAGACUUGGUAAAUUCAAAAAAUACCAAGAUGGCAAAGUAAACAUUAUGGUUAGCACAGACGUGGGAUCCAGAGGAUUAAAUACAAUUAGAACUAAGCAUAUAAUAAACUAUGACUUCCCUUCCUAUAUUGCUGAUUAUAUUCAUCGAUGUGGGCGCACUGGACGGUUAAAUGCUGGUACUGAUGGCAAAGUCACAAAUUAUAUCAGUACAAAUAACGAUGCUGAAUUAGUUCAAAAAAUUGAAUUAGCUGCACGAACAAUGAAAUCUUUACCAAACGUCAAUGGGAAUAUAACUAAAAUAAGAAGAUUUCACAUAUUGAAUGAACUGGAAAAUAAAGCAGCCAAAAAAUUAGAUUAAUAUUUAUUAUUAUUAUUUUUAUUACAUUUUAUAUUUGUGCAUGUUUAUUAAAUUUCAAUUAAAUAUGUUGUUGAUGACAAUA